AUGUUACGCUUUUCCAAAGUUUUGAUUGCUAACCGAGGAGAGAUAGCAAGCAGGAUCAUCCGAACGACAAAACAAAUGGGGAUUAAGUCUCUGGCGAUCUGCAACGAGAUUGAUAAGAACUCUCGCUAUGUCAAGGAGGCAGAUGAAGCCGUUUAUGUUUCCGAUUCUUCGAACGUUUUCCUAGAUAUCGACAAAAUAAUCGAGAUUGCAAAGAAUAAUAAAGUAGAUGCAAUUCACCCAGGGUACGGAUUUCUCUCUGAAAACCCCGAAUUUCCUAAGCGAUGCAAAGAAAACGGUAUCAAGUUCGUGGGACCGUCCUAUGAAACCAUGCGCUUGUUGAGUUCGAAAAAAGACGCAAAGGAACUAGCACAGCGUUGUGGAAUCCCCACAAUUCCUGGCUAUUCCGGUUCUGACCAAUCCACAGCUCGUCUCCUCGAAGAAAUCAACAAAAUCGGUUAUCCGGUGCUUCUCAAAGCCUCCAUGGGUGGCGGCGGUCGCGGCAUGCGAAUUCUCUCCGACUCCAACUCCAAUCAACUCGCUGAAAUCAUCUCCAGCUGUCGCAACGAGGCCGAAAAGCACUUCGGCGACGGCCAUCUCCUCCUCGAGAAAUUCCUCCCUCGCACACGACACAUCGAGAUCCAAGUCUUCGGCGAUUCUCACGGCGACGUCGUCCAGCUCGGCGAGCGCGAGUGUUCGCUCCAGCGCCGCUACCAGAAGCUCAUCGAAGAGUCUCCCUGCGUUUCUCCAUUUCUCCUUUUCUCUCACUUGCAGUUCUAUCUCUCCGACGAAGAACGCUCGCGUCUCUACUCCUGGGCUCUCACUCUCACGCAGCAGAGCCACUACGAGGGCGCAGCCACCGUCGAGUUCCUCUGCGACGCCGCUACGCGCCGCUUCUACUUCAUGGAGGUCAACACGCGGCUCCAAGUCGAACAUCUCGUCACGCAGUGCGUCAACCAACAAAUCGACCUCGUCGAACUCCAGCUACGCGUCUCACCGCGGGAAUCCACUCACUCAUAG